AAGUAAUGCGAUAGUAAUGCCUCCAUAUAUGGCAUGGCGCUUGCGUAAGGACGAUGACGUGAAGGAGUCACAAGACUGCGCGAGCGGCUCUCAACGUCUUCAAAGGCACCACUAGCACCAUGUCCGGCACCGCUGCCGCGGGGAGAGACACGCAGCAGCGCUACUGGGACCGAAAGGACGGGGCUUUCCUCUGAUUCGGUUCACGGACCCGGGCGCCUUUUUCCCGCGGAAACCCCUGCACUCGUCGGCGGCCUCUCGACUCCAGCCAGCCGCCGUCGAAGCGAGCCAACAUUAGUGAGCUAACAUCGAAGCUAAGCUAGCGCCAGCGCUAGCUCGGGGGUGGGGGCUUCGUGGGGGAUGUUGUCCGUGCUGUCUUACGGUAGACUGGUUGCCAGAGCUGUCAUCGGCGGACUCUCUCAGACAGACGGCCGCGACUACAGCCUGGUGACGGCGAGCUGCGGCUUCGGCAAGGAUUUCCGCAAAGGCAUCCUGAAGAAAGGAAUGUGCUAUGGGGACGACGCGUGCUUCAUCGCCAGGCACAGGUCUGCCGAUGUUUUGGGCGUGGCAGACGGUGUAGGAGGCUGGCGGGACUACGGCGUAGACCCGUCUCAAUUUUCCGGCACCCUCAUGAAGACGUGCGAGCGCCUGGUGAAGGAGGGGCGCUUCGUUCCCAGCAACCCUGUCGGAGUCUUGACCACCAGCUAUUACGAGCUGCUUCAGAACAAAGUGUCGCUGCUGGGCAGUAGCACAGCCUGCAUUGUGGUGUUGGACCGCCAGCGUCACCGGCUGCACACAGCCAACCUGGGGGACUCGGGCUUCCUGGUGGUUCGCGGGGGGGAGGUGGUUCACCGUUCCGACGAGCAGCAGCACUACUUCAACACGCCCUUCCAACUAUCUAUUGCUCCCCCUGAGGCCGAGGGGGCCGUCCUCAGUGACAGCCCAGACGCCGCAGACAGCUCUUCCUUUGACGUCCAGCUAGGUGACAUUAUCCUCACCGCCACCGACGGUCUCUUUGACAACAUGCCUGAUUACAUGAUCCUGCAGGAGCUGAAGAAACUCAAGAGCGCCAACUAUGAGAGCAUACAGCAGACUGCCCGUAGUAUUGCAGAGCAGGCCCACGACCUGGCCUAUGACCCCAACUACAUGUCACCCUUUGCACAGUUUGCCUGUGACAACGGACUCAAUGUUCGAGGAGGGAAGCCAGAUGACAUCACAGUGCUUUUGUCCAUAGUUGCAGAAUACACAGACUAACGUCAAGAUUAGCCUGCGACUGGGUGGAGGACUGCUUUGACUCCCGCUGGACGGGAUGAAGGACUGAGGAUUAUGUCAGAUGUUUUUUUUUUUUCUUCCCCCCUUCCCGGCAUGCCACAACUGUACUUUACCCCAAACUUCGGCUGACCAGGUGGAUUUAAAAACAGCAGGAAGCCCCGGGGUAAUCCUUGUACCAGGAAGCAGUCGCACGAUGAAGCGUCUUUGAGUGUUUGGGCAGACGUAGACGACUUGUCCCCUUAGACAAAUUGUUGUAGGACUCUUGUAAAGUUUCACGCAGCCUCGUGUUGGGCUGCUAGAAUGGAAGGAUACACUUCAUUCAUACAUUCUAGAAAAGAGCUUGCACGGGAUGUAGUGCUCGUAGGGCUGGAUAAGUGAGUAAGUUAGGCCAGGUUUUGAGUUUUUUAACCGUGGCUAUUAGCAGACUUUGUAUAUAGAUGCACAUGUUUUAUAAUAUGUCGUUCUGGUAAAUGUUUGCAAAAAAAAAAAAAAAAAAUUCUGGUCAGGUUAAAAACAAUCUGGUUUCGUGAAGAAGCCCUUGCCUUUUGCAUAGGUAAUAUUUAAUACCACAAGGCUCUGACAUGUAAAGUUAUAUUCCAUUGAA